AUGUUUAAGCUUACUCAACGUCUUGUUCGUUCUCCAACUGCUACUCAUCUUAUCCGUCAAGCUACUAAGCGUAAUUAUGCUGCUUUAACUUUUUCUGUUCCUACUGCACAUGAAGCUCCUACUUCUUUACAAUCCUUUACUGAAGAAGAAUUGAUGCUUAAGGAUACUGUUGCAAGAUUUGCUCGUGAAGUAGUUCAACCUAAAGUUCGUGAUAUGGAUGAAGCUGAAGUGAUGGAUAAAGAUAUCAUUCAAUCUAUGUUUGACAAUGGUUUAAUGGGUCUUGAGACACCUAGUGAAUAUGGUGGCGCAGAAUGUUCAUUUACAGCUGCUAUUUUAACUGUUGAAGAACUUGCUAAAAUUGAUCCUUCUAUUAGUGCUUUAUGUGAUAUUCAUAACACAUUAACCAAUACAGUCAUUCGUAAAUGGGCCUCUCCUGAACUCAAAGAAAAAUACUUGACUCGUCUUGCUACUGAUACUGUAGGUAGUUUCUGUAUCUCUGAGGCAGGUGCUGGUUCUGAUGCCUUUGCUCUUCAAACACGUGCUGAAGAUAAAGGUGAUCAUUAUGUAUUAAAUGGUGGAAAGAUGUGGAUUAGUAACUCUGCUGAAGCUGGUAUCUUUGUUAUCUUUGCUAAUCUCGGUAUUCGAUCUUCUUCUACAUGUGUCUUAAACUUUGAUGAUGUCAAGAUCCCUAAAGAAAAUGUCCUUGGUAAAGUUGGAGAAGGAUAUAAGUACGCGAUUGAUUCGUUAAAUGAAGGAAGAAUUGGUAUUGCUGCACAAAUGAUUGGUUGUGCUCAAGGCGCCUAUGAUAUUGCUUUACCUUAUAUGAUGGAACGUAAACAAUUUGGUCAAGCCAUCGGUUCCUUCCAAGCCAUGCAACAUCAAUUUGCUGAAGUCGCGGUUCAAAUUGAAGCUGCUAAACUCUUGACUUAUAAUGCAGCACGUUUAAAGGAAGAAGGUAAACCGUUUGUGAUGGAAGCUGCUAUGGCUAAAUGGCUUGCUGCUAAGGUGGCUGAAAAGGCAAGUUCUUAUGCCGUUGAAUGGAUGGGUGGUAAUGGCUUUGUACGUGAAACGGGUGUUGAAAAAUUCUAUCGUGAUGCUAAAAUUGGUUCCAUUUAUGAGGGCACAAAUAAUAUUCAACUCCAAACCAUUGCUAAAAUUAUUAGUUCAAAAUAUAAAUAA